CAAUCGUUAGUUUGCAAAAUCGCUAGUCUAAUUGCCACGUUCAAUGACUAGACAGUUGAUUGCGUGCAACAAUACGUACUACAAUAGUUUAACUGUUUGGUAGAACCUAACCUAAUAAUAAAAAUGACAAGUGACCUAAGGACUCAAGUGACCAAAACGAAUGUAUAUUUUUAUUCAUGAUGUUCGAUGCCGAAAAUACAACCUGACAGAACCUCAAAAGUUUCAUGACAGUAAAAAUGUAAACAAAUAAACACUCGAUCUCUGAAUCCCAAAUCGAUUCGCGUAUGAUUUUAUAUUUUCAAAUUUUACGAUAUUUUGACGCAACAAUGACAGCUUCUUUGAAGUUUUUCGAGUUAUUCUUUAUCGUGAUUGUUUUUGCGAAUCUGUCGAAGGGUCACAAUGAUUGUUUUACCGCACAGGACACUUUCGAGUGUCGUCUUGGUUCCAUGACUCCUUAUAGAUUAAUAGCUAAUAAGAAUGACUCUGAAUUGAAUUUUGUGGGUUGCAAGCCAAAAAAAAUCUGGUUGCUGGUCCGCCAUGGCACGAGGUAUCCGGGCAAAAAGUGGACAUUAAAAAUGUUGAAGGAUCUUCCAACUAUUUGGGAUUCCAUUCUAGAAUCUCACUCCUUGGAACAAAGAAAUCUUUCUCAAGAAGAAAUUGAGCUUUUUCAAAAAUGGAAAUUCAGAUUUUCGGACCAAGACAUCAUGCAUUUAACCGAAGAGGGGGAAAAAGAACUUGUCGGAAUCGCUGAGAGAUUUCAAUCCAGGUUUCCAUCAAUAAUGCCAGAAAUUUAUACCAACCAAACAUUCAAGUUUCAGUAUACAGCAACACAAAGAACAGAAUCCAGUGCCAAAAACUUUGCUCUCGGAUUGUUUGGUCGCAAGCAAUCCACAGGAGUUUGGUAUCCUUCCCCCCUGCACAAGGAUCCAAUAUUGAGGUUCUACAAACUGUGCAGACGUUGGCAAGAAGAAGUUGAUGACAAUCCGGAGUCGUACAGAGAAAACGAAAAAUUCGUUAAGAGUCUAACAGUUUCGAAGAUGCUGGCGGACGUUUCCAAACGUGUGGGCUUUGCUCUCAAUUAUGCAAAUGUUCAUCUCAUUUAUAUGAUUUGCGCUUUUGAGACUGCUUGGUUCCCAAAUUUGUACUCUCCAUGGUGCAGCCUUUUAUCCUUGGACAAUUUUAAGGUUCUGGAGUACGCACAAGAUUUGCAGUAUUACUGGAUCGACGGUUACGGUUAUUCGUUGACCUAUGAGCAGGCCUGCAGCACAACGAAGGACGUUUUCGAUUUUUUCCAAUCUGACGACGAAGUAACGACAAGAGCAUACUUCACACAUUCUGGAACGGUGUUGAAAAUACUUGCACUUUUGGGUAUAGCCAAGGACGAAGAAGCACUGAAACACGAUUCUUUUGCUAGAGACGAAAAUCGGCUUUGGCGAACGAGCUUGAUCGACUCGUUCGCGUCGAACAUCGCUUUCGUUUUGUACAAUUGCGAAAUUCAAGGUCCGAGUAUCCUCUUGAUGCAUCAAGAACGUUUCGUGCAGCUGGAGAACUGCCCGGUGGGAGUUCCUUGUCCAUUGUCGACAAUGAAGAUGAAGUAUCCGGACCACGAGGCGGAGUGUUCGUUCAACGAAAUGUGUGCUAAUUAACCUCGAAAUUAAUUGUCCAAGAGAGACUGAGUAGCGAAAAAUCGUGAGUGACAGAAACAAAUUUGUACAAACGCUGUUUUAGCAUCGUGGGAGCUAAAAAUGGUGGAGAAUCUCGACAAAGCGAAUCUGAGAAAAUAAACGAAUGAAUAUUGAACAAGAAAAAA